GUUACUGACAUCAGGAGGCUAAUGAUGUCAUAGUGAUGUCAAUGGCCCUGAAAGUGACUGCACAGUUAGCUUGUGGUUUAGGAAGCAUUGCAUGCUGACAGCAGAGAGAGAAAGAAAGGCUUUCAGCUCACUAUACAUGGCUGUGACUGGAGAUGAGACAGAAUCAGCCACCACUGGAGGUAUGUCUGGGUAUCAGGUUUCCUCUCCUGCAUCUGGUCUUUCCCAGGCAAUGGAUGGCUCACCCGGCUCUCUGCCAAGCCCUCAGCAGCUGACUGAGGAAGCAUCACGUAAGAGGGAACUCCGACUGAUGAAAAACAGGGAAGCCGCACGGGAAUGUCGGCGGAAGAAGAAAGAAUAUGUCAAAUGUCUCGAGAACCGAGUUGCCGUGCUUGAAAAACAAAACAAGACAUUGAUUGAAGAACUAAAGGCUCUUAAAGACAUAUACUGUCACAAAACUGAAUAACAGCAGUCCUUUGCAAACCAAAACAAGAAAGACUAUCCCGUUUACAGAGCAAAUGCGCUUUUCAUGUAAUGUCUAGCCUCCGCUCGUUAUAAUAAUCGGAUAAGGUGACAGCUGCAUGGUUUUGUUGUCCUGUGUGCGAAGAUGGUGAUGUGUGCAUGUGUGUAUGCUGGAGGCCCGAGCGCUCCAGAGCCAAUGUGGUGUGUUGCCCGUGUUGCUUAUGCUUUUUCAGGACGGCGGCCAAAGAGUACAGACGGAGGAAGAAGGACUAUGUGCGGAGCUUAGAGAUGCGCAUCGCCAUCAUUGAAAACCAGAAGCAGAAAAUGACAGAAGAGCUGGACAGUCUAAGGCAAAUGUGCACUGGAAAGUCCAAUUCAAUUUAGUGGCACACUAGACCACUGAUAUCUGUUUUGAUUCUGUUUUACUGUAAAAUAUUGUUGUGAUGUGUGUGUUUUAUAUCUUCUGCGGAAAUUUUACUGUAGACCAGCACUGCCUAUUCUCAUAAGGCUUUUUUGAAGAUUUCAUAUUGACAAUUGGAUUAUAUCUUUCAAAUAUUUACUGUAUCUACUUUAAGAGAAAUAUUUAAUUUAAUAUCAAAGGACAGCGUAUAUGAGUAAUUCACAAACACACCAGCUCCAAAACUGAUAUGAAUAUAGCUACUGUAUAUACUUACUGUAAUAAAUAUAGGAUAAACAGAUUUGUGUUGUAUAGAUGAAGUGUUUUUGUGUUUAUAGCAUAUUAGUCCAUAGUUCAGUUCAAAAAAUGUUACUAAAUGCACCAAAUAUUAUAACAAAAAAUUCUUUUUUUAAUAAAUAUAUUCUUGAAUCCUUCCUGGUAUUUUUUUCAAGUAGUACAGUCCUUCAGCGUUUCCAUUGAGACUAUCAGCACAGUUUUAUGUUUGUCUUCAGCUUUUGUUUAAAUAAAUUUAUCUAGAUCUCUAA